CAGAACUCUGAGAGGAACGGAGAGAGCCAGAGGCUGCCUGAAGUUGCAGAGAGAAACAGCCAGACCAGGAAGACCUCCAGGCUGAGAAAACUGCCCAGCAGAAGUCAAGGAUUUCUGGACUGCUGUGAACCCUGAGUGGCGACUUGUCUUUCUGCAACAGGCAGCAUGGCCCAAGUCAGACCAGACGAAGAAUUGAGAAUUCUGCUCAUUGGCAAAACCGGAUCUGGGAAGAGCGCAACAGGAAACACCAUCCUGGGGGCUGAGAAAUUUAAAAGCACUUAUAGUCUUGCUUCAACAACCAAGAAAUGCGUAAUAAAAGAAGAUAUUGUAGGUGGCAGGAGAAUUGUUGUUGUUGACACACCUGGGUUCUUUGAUACAACAUAUAAAGAAUGCUUCACGCAAAAAGAUCUUAAAGAUUGCAUUGAUAUGGUCUCUCCUGGAUUUCACGCCAUCCUCGUCGUGAUAAAAGCGGGCAAGAUCACAAAGGAGGACCAGGAAACAUUUCAGAAAGUGAAAAGCCUCUUCAAGGAUGAAGGAAAGAAGUAUUUGAUUCUUUUAUUCACCCAUAAAGAUGAGUUAGCUAAGAAUCGUUUAACUUUAGAGGAGUUAUUAGAAGAUGCUGAGGGGCACCUGAAGGAUCUGAUUGAGAUGUCCGAAAGACGAUUGAUUGCUUUUAACAAUGUGGCUGAUGAAGAAGAAAAGGAGAGUCAGGUGAAGGAGCUCAUUGAGAUGAUUGUUAAGUUGGUGGCACUCAAUGGCAGAACACCAAUGUACACUGAAGAACAAUUUGAAAAGGACAGGCCAAAGGAGAAGCAAAAAGAGAGGCCAAAGGACAGCCGUUGGUGUAACAUUAUAUAAUAUCAGCAGUGAGGAGUAGGGAGUCAAGGAUGGAGAUAUGUUUGUCCACCAACUCUUUCUUUUUUAAAAAAAUACUAAUUUUUAUCAGUUUUCAAUUACAAUCCAAUAAUAGCCUCAUUAUAACAAUACCAAUUUAAAAUACAGGUAGGUAGCCGUGUUGGUCUGAGUCGAAGCAAAAUAAAAAAGUUCCUUCAGUAGCACCUUAAAGACCAACUAAGUUUUUAUUUUGGUAUGAGCUUUUGUGUGCAUGCACGCUUCUUCAGAUACACUGAGACGGAAGUAAC